AACUACGGCGUGUGCGCCCUGGGGCUGGAGAAGCUGGGGUACCUCCUGGUGGCCUAUGGCUUGUCCUCCUCGGCCUGCUCCAGCCUGGCCCUCUGCACCCUGUGCCUCAGGAGACAGUUCCCACUGCUGGCCGGAGCCUUCAUCCACGCUGCUCUCUUGGUGACACUUUUCUUCUGGGCUCCUGAACCCCGGGACCCAAGCCAGGCCCCUCUGUUCUACGUCAUCGCCGUGUUCUGGGGUGCAGGGAGUGCCCUCAACAAGACCAGCAUCAGCAUCCUCCUGGGCAUGUUCUACGAGGACAAGGAGCGCCAAGACUUCAUCUUCACCAUCUACCACUGGUGGCAGGCACUGGCCAUCUUCACUGUCUACCUCUGGGCAGGGCUGCCCAUGAAGGUAAGG